AUGAGCGAGGAGUAUGACCUGGUGACGAUCGGGGCGGGCAGCGGCGGCGUACGCGCGUCCCGCCUGGCUGCGGGCCUGUAUGGCGCCAAGGUGGCGGUCAUCGAGCUGCCCUUUGGGUUUGUGUCUUCCGACAGCGUGGGCGGCGCGGGCGGCACCUGCGUCAUCCGCGGCUGCGUGCCCAAGAAGCUCAUGGUGUAUGCCUCCGAGUUUGCCGAGCAGUUCCACGACGCCCAGGGCUUUGGCUGGGCCCAGGUGUCGCCCCCCGUGGACGUCAAGAAGCUGAUUGCCAGCAAGGCCAAAGAAGUGGAGCGGCUGAACGGCGUGUACGGCCAGAUUCUGUCCAAGGCGGGGGUGGAGGUGAUUGAGGGGCGCGGCGUGGUGCUGGACCCUCACACGGUGGAGGUGCGGGCGGCAGACGGCUCGGUGCGGCAGCUCAAGACCAAGCGCAUCUUGGUGGCGACGGGCGGCCGAGCGGUGAAGCCACCUAUCCCGGGAGCGGAGCUGGGCAUCACGUCCGACGAGGCGUUGGUACUGGACAAUGUACCGCCAGGCGGUACCAUGAUCAUCGUGGGCGCGGGAUACAUCGCGGUGGAGUUUGCGGGCAUCUUCAACGGGCUGGGCUACGACACACACCUGGUGGUGCGCGGAGACCUGCCGCUCAGAGGCUUUGACGAGGAGUGCCGCCAGGUGGUGCGGGACAACAUGGAGAAGCGGGGCAUCCACCUCCACUUCCACACCAACCCCACCAAGCUGGAGCGCAACGCGGACGGCGGCAUUGACUUCCACUUCUACGACAACGGCACCCAGUCGGGCGGCAUCAUCAAGUGCGCGCAGGCCAUGUUUGCCACGGGGCGCGCACCCAACACCCGCGGCAUCGGCCUGGAGGCGAGAUGCGGGUGUGGGCCUGGACCAGAAGAGCCGGGCCAUUCAGGUGGACGAGUGCCCUCCAUCUGGGCCAUCGGCGACUGCACCAACCGCAUGAACCUGACCCCGGUGGCGCUGAUGGAGGGCAAGGCGCUGGUGGCCACGCUGUUUGGGGGGAAGCCCUCGGUGCCAGACUACGAAAACGUGCCCACCGCCGUCUUCUGCCAGCCGCCGCUGGGCACGGUGGGCCUGACUGAGCCGCAGGCCAUUGAGCGGCUGGCGGGGCAGGUGGAUGUGUACAUCUCAAAGUUCAAGCCCAUGAAGAACACGCUGAGCGGGCGCGACGAGCGCACCUUUAUGAAGAUGAUUGUGCAUGUGCAGACCAACCGGGUGGUGGGCUGCCACAUGGUGAGCGCUGUGGAAAGAAAGCAGCGCCGCCGCCUGGCCGUGCGGAUGAACGUGCUUGUGGCGGCGGCGGCGGCGGUGGUGGUGGUGGUGGUGGUGGCGGUGGCGGUGGGCCCCGACGCCGCUGAGAUCAUGCAGGGGCUGGGCAUCGCCCUCAAGUGCCACGCCACCAAGGCGCAGUUUGACUCCUGCGUGGGCAUCCACCCGUCGGCGGCAGAGGAGUGGGUCACCAUGUCGACUCCCGCCAGGCGGGUGGAGUGCAAGGGGAAGCAUGCGGAGCCGACGGGGGCCGACAGCGCCGGAUACAAGGGCGACUAG